AUGCCUUCUCGCCGCCCCACACGCAAGGGGACCAAAGCCUCCCCAGAUCUCGGUCCCCAGGAUCUUGCGGACAAUGCGGAAAGCUGGGGCGAGAUGAUCAACGCUCUCUGCAAGUAUUUCCAACUACCAGAGACAACCACCCGCACUGGGCUUAAGCGGAUCCAUUCCAGGUUCGAUGGGAUAUACCGUUGUCUCGAGCAAGAGUACCAGAAGAGUCAAGAUGAGCGAGUGAAGGGUGGGAUUGUGGGUAUCUACACCAGAAUGUGUGGUGAUGCGAUUCUGCGCAACAAGUUGUUUGAACGCGGGUUUGUCAACCAGGUCAUCCCGCUACUGGCCAUACCGUUCACUCGCAAUCUCGCUUUACAGUGUCUGGCCAUUAUGACUGCUGCUGCUGGCGAGCAUGUUAGGAUUCAGUCUGCUCUAUCGACGACAGCCCCUCUGCUUCAAUGUCUCAAAGACUUUCCAGAAGACCAGACGACAUUGGAGUUGUCGCUCACUAUCAUCGCGCAUUGUGUAACGGCCAAUCUUACGCCAGAUGGGUCGAUGCAGGACAAAAAACUGCGCAAGCUGCUUCCGCUGCCCGUCAUCGUUGAGGCAAUCACUGACGCCCUCCGUCAUUCUCCCUCAUUAAAGUCGCAUGCAACAGUUGAUCAUGGAAUCCUCUUUGUGGCGUCGAUGACCCAACACGUGGAGCUCAAGCCGUCUGCUACGAAUCUUCUUGUCGCUGGUCUGCGUGGCGCUGACUGGGUCUUCCGGGCGAGGUGUCUUGCGGGAUUGUUUAGAAUGCAUAUCGAAGAUUCAGAAGACGAUAUGCGAACCACGAACUUGCCCAGAAUUAUGAAUUGUUUUUCGGGCAAGGUUAAUUCUCCCCGACACCUUCGGUCUGCAAUGGAGACGUAUGGGCUCGACCGCUGCGAGGCGCUCAAAAUGAUCAAUGGUCAAUCACUUUUCAAUGAUGCCAUGCGCAAAGCUAUAUCGGACAAGGAUUUGUACGCGCUGGGGAAAACCGUAGUGCUGCUUAUUCUCCAGACGGAAAGUCCGUUCCAAGACAGUUACUGGCCUUGGGACGUUGGUCUUCCUUUCCGACGAUGGACGGAUAGUUUUCCUCAUUGUGCUAAAGCUAUCCGUGCAAAAGGUCUACCUAGUGAAACCGACCUGGCUGAUAUCCUUGACCUCAAAUACCUUCUUAUCCACCAACAACAUGGCGCGGCGAUGAGAAUGGCCGAAGCAGCCUUAAAGCGAAACCCAGAUUUCGCGUAUGGAUACUACAUCCUGACCCUUGGAGAAGACGAUUAUACGGGGCUCCGUGCGGCAAAGAAAGGUCUAAAAUGCGCCGCUGGACCCCUCAAUCUUGGGCCCUUUCUGCGUUUCCAAAUGCUCCAGCGGGCAGUCGGGCUUGCGGGUGAUUUGGCACUCCAAACAUUGCAGGAUCCCACCAGGGAAAUCGACGAUACAUGGGCACUUGGUGUUGCGUUCGUGGCGAGUGCCCUCGAGGACGGGAAGGUGUUCUUAGACGAGGCGCCGCCCGACCACAAGGAUGUCAAGACCGUGGCGUGUUGGGUCGUUUUGCUCACUCUGAUCUCGGAGGAGCCUAUUAGCGAUGAUCUGCGAGAACCAUUCCUCGAAAAGCUAAAGCAAGCACAGCAAAUGAGCACCUGGCUUGGCGUUCGCCCACCUCAAACUCAAAUCCGACUCACGACGGAAACUAUUGUGAAGCGUUUUAGUGCGGCUCAGAAUGAAUGGGCAGCAAAACUUGGUGCUGUUGAGCAUACAGACGAGGGCGAGCAGGCGGCCUCCCAGAAUCCAACUACGGAGCGGCUCGAGACAGAGUUGUCAGCUUGGUUGGCGGAUUCCGAGGUUGAGGGCCAUGGCCAUGGCCAUGGAUGUGGGCAUGAUCAUGAUCAUGGUCAUGGCACUGGGUCUCCAUCGCCGGUGAAGAUUGCGAAAACGACCUUAUAUCGCUGCUCUUACUGCAGGAACCCGUCCGCGAUGUUGCGCAAAUGUGGUGGGUGUUCCGAGGCGAGGUAUUGCGAUGCGGGAUGUCAGAAGCGCGAUUGGAAAGAACACAAGAAAAAGUGUGCUGGGAAAAUAUAA